AUGGACUGCAUCAACAAGAUUGAAAUAAGGCUAGCGGAGAUGAGAUCCAGUGCUCAAGAAUUUGAAAAGGUAGUACAAAGUUUAACAGAGAACUGAGAACGCCAAUGACUAGUAAAAUAUGUGUAUAUAAAUAUUACAGUAUAAAUAUUACCAAUAUCUAGUCAUUUCAGUGUAUUUAUUAUAGCUACAUAUACGUUUUAUUUUCCAGCUCAUUAGGAAAGUUGAAGAUUUGAAAAUACAAAUUGAUGUGACAAAUGAAAGCAGACCAAGAAAGGCACCAAAAAGACUCGAAGACUUUAUCGCUCAUGAUGUGGCACCCAGUGGACACGAUUCCAAUGAUCUUAAAACGGAACUCAAACGUGUAUAUAUAUGUGCGAUUGACAGCAUCGUGAGUUUGAUGAAGGAAAGGUUUGAUCAAAAUGACAUUAAAACAGUCAAAGAUAUCAACCGAAUGCUAAUCGCAUGUGCUAACAACGAGGUCGAUGUCACCACUGAAUAUGUCAUUAAGCACCUUGGCGUCGCUGCGAAAUUCGUGCAAGUAGAACUUUUGAUUGACGAAUUGAAAGACCUACAUGUCCACGUCAAUUUGUACAACAUGGAACUUAAACUGGAAUCUAUGCCUGUAAUUAAAAAGGUUACUGCUGUAUCAACUAUCCAAGGCGUGUUGAAUACGAAGCCUGUCUCGAAAGCUUCACUUCCUGAGACGCAUAAGCUGUUAAUUCUCUUGUUAAGUGUUUUAAGUGCCUUUUCAUUUUUGUUUGUGCCCUUUUGUCAAAAAUAUGCCCUUUUUAAUAACAAAUUGCACCCGUUGCCCUGAAUAACUUCCGGCAUCCCUGAAUGAAUACAAAUAUCUUGAUUCAAAUAGAUCAAAUAAAAGAGGUGGUGGUGUAGGUUUAUAUGUUUCAAGACAACUAGAUUUUAAAAGUCGAAAUAAAUUAGAUAAAAACAUAUAUAAUACAAUUGAGACAAAGUUCAUCGAAAUAAUAAAUAAGAAUGGUAAAAAUAUCAUUAUCAGGAUAGUCUAUAGACCACCAAGUGGUAAUUUUGAAUCAUUUAAACAACCACUGAAUGUAAUAUUAGAAAUGGUCGGCAGGGAAAAUAAACUAUGUUACUUGAUGUGAGUCUUGUGAUUAUGCCAAUUAUUUUACUGAACAAUUAUUCACAUCAUCCUUUUUCCCACUUAUUACUAAAGCAACUAGAAUAAUCAUCACACUGCCACAUUAAUCGAUAACAUUUUUACCAAUAACCUGGAACAACUUGAUGACAGUAUCAACGACAUCAUUUUCAGCGAUAUUUCAGAUCACUUGCCAAUAGUGCAUAUAUUCAAUACUAAUAUUUCUGGUAAAAACACCAGGGAAAAUCUUAAUACAACAUAUCAAAGAAUAUUUGAAUACAAGUCGUUUCGCCCCCAAGUCAUUUUGCCCCAAGUCAUUUUGCCCCAAGUCAUUUUGUCCCCAAGUUGCUAAGUCGAUUUGUCUCAACGUUUCGUUGCCAAACAACUUCAAAUGAUGGAUAUAUUAAAAAUAUAGUCAAGAAUACACAGACAUAUAAAUGUUGUCAUUGUCACUGAGUAACUAUUUGCAAGCUACCCUUAUGUGUGCGAUUUUUUUCAUGAAUGUUUAUGUUUCAAACAUUUUAUAUUGUCUGUUUCAUUCCAUACAUAUUUGAAAGAUGAGUAUAAUACUGGGAUUGAGUCAUUUUUCUAUUUAUAAUUUGAUAUUCUUUCAUUUUGAAAGAAUAUUGUUUUGUUCGGCUAUUGUCAAAACCUAAUCACCGUUCUGGGAAUUGUUUCGUUCGUCCAUUGUAAAAACUAAUCACUGCGUUGAUUUCCAACUUUGUCAAACCUUUUCGCACUUUUGUUUUCGUUUGAAAUGUUACGUUUUGUCAGUAAUUCUGUCACCUUAAUAGUGAAUAGCUUUUUGCGUGUUUGCUGUUUGAUCCAUAUGUCCACAAUACUCGCAAAUAUGGGUGAUUUUGUUUGUUUGUAAGAGAUAUUGAAUUCACUAGCUAACUUGGGGCUGAAAGACUUGGGGGCGAAACGGCUUGGGGGCGAAACGACUUGGGGGCGAAAUGACCGGAUACCGAAUAUUUAAUGAAACUAUUACAGAAGCAUUUAAAAAUGCAAUUAAAUCCCUUUCAUGGAACAAAAUAUUAAAUGAAACAAAUGAUGUGGAAAUGGCCUAUAAUGAGUUUUUGGAAACGUUUACAGAUGUAUACCAGGCAAAUUUUCCACUAAAGAAAAAACAAAACAGUAAAAAAGUAAAUAAAACAAAAAGUCCAUGGAUGACUAACAGUAUAUUAAAGUCAGUUAGAAACAAAAAUAAACUUUACAAAGCCUUUCUCAUGAAUCGAAAUAGCAAAAAUGAACAAUUGUACAAAGAUUAUAAAAAUAAACUAAACCAUAUUAUAAAAAGGACAAAGAAAACCUACUAUAAGCACCAGUUAAUAAAAUAUAAGCAAAAUUCGAGAAUGAUGUGGAAAACCCUAAAUGAAUUACUCAAUAGAACAAAACAUCCCCGAAUCUGCACAGUCAAAACGUCCCCAAGGCCAAAAACCCCUAACUCUUGUGUUCAAAUAAAUUGAACUGCAACUAAAUUAUAAAAGAAUAAACAUGUUCAUAGACAUAGAGUUACGACAUGGGAGUAUGCAACUCUGAAUUAAUUGCUUUAUUUGGCAACAUAUUUGCAAAUAAUUGUAAUGGUGCCAAGAUUUCAGAAUGUUUUAGUGUUUGUAAAUUUAAGCCAACUGUCAUGAUGCAUACAUACCCUCACCAAAUCACCAAUAUAUGAAAUUUAGCAAGGAAAUUUAGCCACUAAACAACAUAUUCACCUAAUAAAAUCAUAACUAUCUGACCCUGGUUGAAUAUAUCAAACCGUGGUUGAUUUAGUUCCUUUAUCAGAUCAGAAGAAAUCCAAAAAUAUUAUGUGUGAAAAUAGUUUAAAAUUACUCCAAAACUGACAGAAUAUCUGACAUUUAGCCAACAGAUUUGAAUUUAUUUGGGAUAUUUUGACAUGAGUUGGUGGGGACGUUUUGACCUGGGGACGUUUUGACUGCAAAGCCAUCAAAUAUAUUAGAUGACCUCAAAACAAUAGCUGACAAUUUCAGUGAGUAUUUCAUAAAUAUUGGUCCUAGUUUGGCAAAUAAGAUAAAAAACAAUGAUAAUAACAGGUUCGAAAAAUAUCUCAAAGGUAGUUAUCAAUCCAGCUUCUUUCUUAAUCCUAUCACAGACAGUUGAAGUUGAACUGAAAAAUACGAAAUCAAGAUUUCAUAGAAAAACUGUGCCCUCGGUCUUGAAAAUGUCCCUCGCCCUUUGGGCUCAGCCGUUUUCAAGACCACGGGCACAGUUUUUCUCAUCCGGACCUCGCAGCCGGUAAAUAACAUAUAUAUAUUUACCAUACUAGCUUACUUACAUGUUAAUUAGUGGCAACUGUUUCAUAUGUUCUUUUUUUUAAUUUUUUGCUGCUUAAUUUUGGCUUACAUGGAUUAAUUUCUCAUUUUGUCUGUCGGGUACCGAUGUGGGCCAUCGGCCCAGUAUUUUUAUUUGAAUUUUUUGUUGUAUUUUUGACAUUCGUAGCUUUUUUUCAACUUUUUGCUGCUUAAUUUUGGCUUUCACUUCUGCAUGUUGGCAGCUCUCUCCUUACAUUUUUUAUUUAUUCGUAUGACAUAAGCAAGGUAAAAAAACAUGCAGGAAGUAAUGAGAACACUUGUGAAAGCAAAUGAGUGUGGCAGACCGAGUUCACAUGUGCUGAUGUACACAACGUGCCCGUCUUGUGGUGAUGAUCGUGAUGAAACAGUUUGUGAACUUGUCAAAUUGCAAAUAGUUGAUUGUAAGACUAUUGAAGAUGAAGAGGCAAUUGUGAAUUUGCCUGACCCUGACCGAAAAAUCCUGUCGAACAAGCAGCCCAAAAUAACACAUCCGAGCGAGCAGUGA